UGUCCUCAUACAGAACAAUAAACUAAACCAAAUUGUCCUCCUAUAUAUAUCCUUUGUGUUCUUUAAUUAGAAAUUCAAUUAUCUUCGAAGAAAUCAAGAUGAAGUUUUCAAGCAUUUCAACCAUCAUUCUCAUCUCAUCCCUCCUCAUGAUAGCACCAAUCCAAUGCCAUUUUCAACCAAGCUUAAUAGAGAACAUAUGUCGCACAACACCACACUACCACCUUUGUGUUUUAACAUUGAAAACACAGCAAAUUGUGAUCCAUGACAUGGCUUCAUGUGCUCGCGUGAUACUUAAGGUCAUGAUCGCUAGAGCUCCGGUGGUUCUGGAGCGAAUUCAGACUGUCCUUGCUGCGGCUAACAAUGAGCCGCAAUUGAAAACCGCAAUGGAUAGUUGCAGCAAUUUUUACACACAGAUAACAAAAGAGCUUCUGCCAAAAGCGCUUAGUUGCAUGGAGAAAGGUGAUUACAAAGGUGCACAACAAGGUGCAGAUGCUGCUGGAAAACUUGCUGCUUCCUGUGCAAGCAAAUGCAACAACAAAACUGGUGGCAGUGCUGGUGCUACUUCGCCUCUCGGUGAUAGUAAUCUAUAUGUGCAGAACAUGUGUUCCAUUACCGUCUCCAUCACUAAGCAAUUGGGCCAAACUCAAGCAAAUCACCAAAAUUAAUUUGGCCUAAACUAAUUAAUUAUGUGUAUCUAGCUAACAGUUUUGGAUUAGCAUAUCCAUAUAUGUAUAUGUAGUAGUAUCUAUAGCCUUCAUAAGUUUUUAUUUUUUUUAUUUUGAUGAUUAAUAAUUGUGGGUGUACAUAAUUUGUACAUACAUAAAAGCCCCUAAGUUACGGGCUUCUUGUAUCAAUUAGCCUUUUAAGCAUACAUAAUUUGUAGUACAUACAAAUGGUACGCUAGCUCAAUUCAUAAAGUGUAGUAGCUAGAUAAAUCAUGAUGUUUUAUGCUAGCGAGCAAAAUGAAUCACAAAUCAAAAAUAAAUUGCUCUUGACAGAAGAUUCAAACAC